AUGGCGUACGAACGCAAUCACGGCCCCAUCCGACACCUGGACGCCACAGACUACAGGCUGAACAUCAGGUCCGACUCAUCUAUAGCGUCGAGCGAAAUUCUACCUAACAGCAUCGACGUGUCCUUCUCAGUUGGCGAUUUGACAACGCGGUUCAAAUACCGCAGUGUCAUGGCCGCUUUGCAAUGCGCGGGGAACCGUCGUCAUGAAAUGCGCGAGCGAGUAGCGGAAGUUCAGGGCAUUGACUGGGGUGAUGGCGCGGUCAUGAACGCCGUCUGGGGAGGUGUAUUACUCCGAGAUGUGCUCCUUUCGGCCGGCAUCACGGCUCCGUCGCCAACAAAUGAGGAGAAAUUCCAUGGAUUGCACGUCCAAUUUGCGUCCGCGCAAGAAACUCAGGACGAUACGUAUUACGGGGCCAGCAUCCCGCUUUCCACGGCGCUCGAUCCGGAAAGACAGUGUCUCCUUGCAACCUAUAUGAAUGGCAAACCUCUUACGGCAAAGCAUGGAUACCCGCUGAGAGUGAUCGUCCCGGGGAUUAUCGGUGCUCGAUCCGUGAAAUGGCUCGAUUCCAUCACCGUCUCGGCCGAGGAAUCAAGAAAUCAUUAUCAACAGCAAGACUACAAGGUUCUCUCUGGGGAGAUUGCCCAGAGGAUUGAGGCGGCCAAAGACGACGAAGAGAAAGGGCGGAUCAAGGAGGAAGCUGAGCCCCUGAUGGAUAACCCCAUCAACUCGGUCGUUGCGGUUCCUGGACAGGACGGGGAUGUUCUUCAUAGGGACGACCAGGGAAUGGUCUAUGUGCGAGGAUAUGCAAUCCCUCAGGGCAAGGAUGGUCCGGUUGUUAAGGUAGAGGUAUCCAUAGACCGCGGCGGGACCUGGCAUCAAGCCUCGAUCCUCGAUGAGGGGGAUGAGAAUACCGCGUCAUCCUCCGUGCCAAGGGGGGACACCACGCAGAGGGGGCAAUUCGCAUGGGUUGUUUGGGAAUGCCGCGUUCCCGUUGACGGAAAUUUGCCACAAGAGGGGAUAAGUAUCUGGUCGAAAGCGACGGACAAGGGCGGGAAUACCAUGGACGUCGAAAAGCCGGACGGAGACUGGAACCUGAGAGGAGUGGGGUUUAAUGCUGUCGAGGGAAGGAGAAGCAUAAGGGUUGAAUGA